AUGUCUGCUCCCUCGGCAGUAGCUUCGACGAAAACCCCUGUGGACGACUGCCCGUUCAACGAUCCCGCAUCUGGAGACUUUAUCAUCCGCGCUCCAAGUGGAAAGAAGUUCUACGUCGACCGCAGCAUCAUCGUGAACGCCUCCCCCAUAUUCAGAGACAUGUUUUCCCUGCCGCCGUGUUCUUCAGACGGGGAGAAGCCGGUCGUCGACGUGACGGAGAGCAGCACGGUAUGGCGCUUGCUCCUCCAGUUCUGUUACCUCCGCACGGAUGAGCCUCUCCUGCCCCUUGCCAUGAUCCGCAUACUGCUCGAGGCCGCGAAGAAGUAUCAGAUGGCCGCCGUCAAGACUUGGAUGCAGCGCACACUCUCACGCCCGGACUACGUGCACUACAGCGUUGCGCUAAGGACGUACGCCAUCGCAUGUGCGUACGGUCUGCCAGACGUAGCGCGGCUUGCCGCCAGGGGCUAUCGCAAAGCCUUCGACGACAAGGAGCAACAGGGCGAAGAGCUCGACCUCAUCUCUGCGCGGCAGUAUAAACACCUCCUCGACUAUCAUGAGCGAUGCUGCGCAGCUGCCCAGACCGCCAUCUCGGAUAUCUUCAAGCUCGCGUCGGUCCCCACAUGGCUCCUCGAGCAUAAGACGCUGUUGAGCGGGUGCAACGAGUGCAGGGGGAAAGGGAAGGACAUCAAGCAAAUCCGCGACGCCACGGGUAGCAAAGUCGUCAUGUAUAUCCGGCCAGCAUGGACGAAGUACUUCACGACGCUCGAGCUCAUGAUGAGGGAUCAGCCUGACCCCUCCUAUGCGCGGGAAACGUGUUUCCUGAACUCCACUAUCCGAGCGGCAGGGCAGUGCGGGAACUGCAGUAAGGCGAUCCUCACCAAGAUGAACACGUUUACCAAAGAGGUGGAGGGUCUCCUCGAGGCAGCUAUCUCUUCGGUGAAGCUUGAGAUUGUUUGA